CACCGAUCACAACUUCCGGGUAUUUUGAUUAGCUAACUUUUAAAGUUUAAUAGUUUACUUCCUAAUUAUGUGCUAGCACAUUGAAGAUACACGAGUUUGGAUGAGUCAGUGCGAUUUGGAGGAAGCUCUUAGCAGUUAGUUGCCUGCCCCACCCCCAGCAGCACCAUGUUGCAGCAGAUACUGACGGACAUGUACAUCGAGCCAGAGCUGCUGGCAGAGCUCUCCGAUGAACAGAAACAGAUUCUCUUCCUGAAAAUGAGAGAGGAGCAAAUCAGGCGAUGGAAAGAAAGGGAAGAAAAACUGGAGCAAGAAGACAGGAAGAAACCUAAAAAACCAAGGAAACCAGGAGGGAAGAAGGUUGAUUUCCUGCUGGGUCGGGAUGGUAACGAGUGGGUGUGGGUGAUGGGAGAGCAUGAGAACGACCGCAGCAUUGAUCAAAUCCUGGAGGAGGAGGCGCAGAGGAAGGCUGCCGAGCAGGCACGCAGGGAGGCUGAACUUCUCAGACUGAAAGAAGAAGCUGAGAUCAAACAGAAAAUGGAAGAAGAGCGACAGAGACUGGAGAAGGAAAGGGAGGCAGAAAUAAGGCGUCUGGAGGAGGAAGCCCUGUACCAGUCCAUCAAGGAGGCGCGUUUGGCUGCACAGAGAGCCGAGGAGGAGCAAAGGAAACGUGAGCAGGAGGAGGCACUGAGGAUGAAACAGCUCCAGGAGGAAGCAGCAGUAGAAAGGCGAAUGUCUUUGAGCAAGAUCCAAGAUGCGGAGAAGCGUCGUUCCAACGAGAUCUACAUCCGCUGGAAGGAGAUGAGACGACAGCUUGACCAGGUUGCCGAGGAGACGAGUCAUGAGGUGGAUAAAAACUGGCGCGAGUCAGAGAGGAAGGCUAAGGAAGCUGAGCAGGAGAUGAAGCUGAUAGCUCAGAGGGCGAGAGAGGAGAACAGACAGUCCCUGACACGGGUAUCCCAGCUCAUUGUGAACGCAAACAGACUGACGCUCGGGGAAAAACCACCUCUACCACCCAAGACAAGUGCAGUGAUUGAUAAAAAUCGUCAAUUGAGGGAGGAGCGUCGUAAAAGCCGGCCUGCGCGGCCACCAAACCGUGACGCAGUUGUAGACUGGUUUCACUUGGAAGAGAAGAGUCGUAAAUCUGUGAUUGAUGCAAAAUCAGGGAGAGCUGAAGAAUGGUUUCAUGGAGUCAUUUCUAGAAUGGAUGCUGAGAAGUUAUUGCUUGACAAACCGAAAGGCUCCUUCUUGUUGCGAGUCAGUGAGAAGGUCUGGGGCUACACUAUAUCUUAUCGAGCGGCUGAUCGCUGUAAACAUUUCUUGAUCGACGCUACGGAGGAUAACUACCAUUUCUUUGGGCCAAAUCAGCUUUCACAUAACAGUAUUACAGAUCUUGUACAGUACCAUAAGACCAAUCCUAUCACACUGGCAGGCAGGGAGCUGUUGAUAUCCUCGUGUGGCCAGAACUGUGAUCCACCCGACUACUGGGACCUGUUCCAUAGUGGCCGUACAGAGAGCACAUUCUUAUAACAACACUGUAACCUAGCAACCAUCACCUAGCAGCCCUCAAAUAGCAACCAUUGCAUGUCAACUGCAACCUGCAUCUAUCAACUCUUGUCAAGCAAUUUUCACCGCAAAUGCAGAAGUUACCAUUGCUCUUGACAUCAAGUAAACAUCGCCCAGUGGCCAUCGUCUACGAACUGUCCAUGGCAGCAGUAUCAUCUGACAACCAUCACUUAACACAUAUCACCACGCAACCAUCAUCUAGCAAUCGUCACAAUAAAAUCACCCAUCCAUCUUCACCAUCUCAUUGCAAUCAUCAUCCAGAAACCAUCAGCUACUAACCAUCAUGUAGCAAUCUUCCCCUAUCAACCAUUUUGUAACAACCAUCUCCUGGCAACAGUCAUCUACCAGCCAUCAUGUAGCAACCGUCACAGAGCGAUGAUCAACUAAACAUUUUCCCCAUGCAACCCGAUUCUAUCAACCAUCCUGCAGCAAUCUUCGCGUUGCAAACAUCAACGUUCAGCUUGAAUCCUAACAUAACAACCUUUGCCUAGCAAUUAUAAUCAAGGUUUUUCCAUCGCCUGGCAACCUUCACCUAGCAACAGUAAGCAGCAAUCUACUAGCAAACAUCACCAAGCGACUGUGAUUAGCUUUGAAAACACUGCCGAAAUGCCUUCAUAGUAUUUUUGGAAUGGUGUAGCAUUUUGUAUUUAUAUGGUUUUGAAAGGGUAGUUUUAAGAAAGUUUUUUUGUUUAUUUAAGUUGUAUGAAAUCUGGUUCAUGAUGGUAUUUUGCUAAGUUUUUUUUCAAUCAUUUUCCAUCACACAAGUUGGUGAAAUCCAGGUGAAAGAUUUUUUCUUUAUGAAAAUAACAUUUUUCAUGUAAUGGAAGGAUCAUAAUAUUGUUAUUACAAUAAUCCAGUUUUAAAAAAUGGCAUAUUAUGUGCAUACCUGCGGCUGGUGGCUGGCAGCAUCCAUAGAAUGAUGUCCGCUAAAUAAAACAAAAAGUGUAAAUGAUCAUCAUGAUACUUGGUGAUCUUUUUUGUGGGCAUAAUAUCUGGACCAAGUUUCAUAACAAGCCAGAUUGCUUGAAGUACUUCUGUAGUAUGGUCCUUGCAUUAUAAAAAAAGAAAAUGAAGAAAAUAAUUUACUUUGUCCACUCUCUAACUCAAAUAAUUAAAAUAGGAUCAUCACAAAACUUUAUGAUUAUGGUAUGUUUUUAGGCAUAAUAAAGUUUGAUAACCAGCCCAAUUUUUUGAAGCACUUCUGUAUUAUGGUCUAGGAAUUAUUAAAAAAAUGGAAAAGUAAACCUUGUCCACUCUCUUACUCAAACAGUUGAUAUAGUUUUAUCAUGAAACUUUAAGAUCAUGUUUGUGGGCAUGAUAUCUUGACCAAGGGAGAUAACCAGCUAGCUCACCCGGAGCACUCCUGAAUUAUAGCCCUUGAAUGAUAUAAAAUUUGCUAAAUUUAAGUAUUCCUUCCACUUACAUGUGAAUUGUUUUACUCGUGAUAUUUCAUCAACAUGAUCAAUUUAUCCCAAUCAUUAAACAGGGGUAUUUUGUGACAGGUUUACUAAGUUGUUAGUGAAUGUUUAUGGCAAGGUUGUUGACAAUCAAAAUUGAUGAUGAUGUGUUUUCUUACUGUGUACUUUUAUAAUCUUUUGUCUAUUGGGUACAUUUAGGGAGUAGAGAGCUAAUUAAGCUUAGCAUUUUUUGUUUGUUCUGCACAUAACACAAUUGUUUUAUGUAAAGGAUAUACAAUAGGCAGUUUUCUUAUAUUGAACGUGUAUUGCUGGUACUGCAAACGUUUAUGAUGCAGCAAUGUGUUUUAAUUAUGUUAAAAAUACUAUGGAAGAUAAUAAUAUCAGGUUCUUAUACAUUUGUAAUUUUAUAAGAGUAAUAUCAAGAUUUUUUUGUUGGUUCUUAUAUUGUGUAUUUAAAACUGUCUAUUUACAUUUUUAGACGAAUUUGAGAGGAUUUUUUUAAUUAAUUGUUAUUUUAUGUUUUUGCUUACCUGAAAAUUCUUAUCAAGUAUUUCACUCUUUUACUGUCAUUUACUGCUCGACUAUUUUAUAAAUGAAAUAUAUAUAGUGGAGCUAUCCUACUCACCCCGGCGUCGGCGUGAGCGUCUGCGUUAGCGUGCAAAUGUUAAAGUUUUCGUACUACCCCAAAUAUUUUCUUUGUCCCUUGACAUAUUGCUUUCAUAUUUUGCAUACUUGUUUACCAACAUGAUCCCAACCUAUAAACAACAGCAGACAACUCUAUCAAGCAUUUUGUCAUAAUUAUGGCCCCUUUUGCGCUUAGAAUAUGCAGCAAAUGUUAAAGUUCUCGUACUACCCCAUUUAUUUUCAUUGUCCCUUGUCAUAUUGCUUUCAUACUUUGCAUACUUGUUAACGAACAUCACCCCAAAAUUAUAAACAAGAGCAGACAACUCUAUCAAGCAUUUUGUCUUAAUUAUUGCCCCUUUUAUACUUAGAAUAUGCAUAUUAUUGAUGAAUCUAUGUUAAAGUUUGCGUACUACCCCAAAUAUUUUCUAUAUCUGACAUAUUGCUUUUAUAUGUUGCAUACCUGUUUACCAACAUGACCCCAACCUAUAAACAAGAGCAGACAACUCUAUCAAGCAUUUUGUCAUAAUUAUGGCCCCUUUUACACUUCCAUAGUUGAACAAAAUGCCAUAACUUCUUUAUUUAUGAUCACAUUUUAUUAUUACUUUGACAAAACAACACUUACCUGAAUACCACAAUGGAUUCCACCCAAACAAUACCCCACGCCCCUACCCAGAAUCCCUU